CAUCGCGGGCUCAUUCAAGCAAAAUGGCGGCAAACUUCUAAUCCAUAUUUUCAAUUCUUUUCGUCAUUUAAUUAGCAGAAAUACCGUGGUAAUGGAGGUGGUUUUAUUUUCAUUUACUUGAAAUGUGUCUUAUUCAAUCUCAAAGAUUUGUAAGGCGUUCCGGUUUCCUGAAACCUUCAAAUGUCAUUUCAACUUGCGCGACAUUGAGAGGUAAACAUCCCCAUGCAAAGGACAAGAGACAGGGGGCCGAGCGAUCACAGUCGCUUUACUGGGAGAGUAGUAGUGCGUGGUUUGAUAUUAGCUCACUUGAGCAUUUAACGCGCAAGGAGUUGCAAAAACUCUGUAAACAGUUUGCCAUCCGGGCGAACAGCAAAACCUACAAACUGAAGGAGGAUCUUGAAGAGUUCCACAAAGUACAUCUUUCAAAACAGUCUUCUAUUCUUCACUUCCCUUUCAUCCCUUCAAUCAAAAGCAACACUCUUUAUGAGAGGUAUACUCAAAAUUAUCCAGGAGUGGAAAAGUCUGCUGGAAUGUUUGCUCCGCUGCAGGCUCCCUUGACAUGCGGUAGCAAGAGGGAGGUGGGGAAGUUACAACACACAACAAGCUCACAUCAUUCGUGCUCCAGGACAUGCAUAGACCCGCUGAUAUCAGGCGAGGCCAUGGGUGGCUUGGAAUACCUUAGUCACGAAAAGACACCAAGCGUGACUACCAUUCUUAAUAGCACCAAGCCAUUAUCACUUAUCCUGAAGUGGAGGGACAAAAAAAAAGGGGAACUAGGGGAGGAAAGAUUCAAGAAGUAUCAGUCAGAAAUAAGGAAACGGGGAACUGAAUUUCAUUCAUUUAUCAAAAACCUCUCGUCAGGUGAUGGCAAUGCCAUCAGUGAUAACAUUAACGGAAGCCUGGCAAGCAUUUCAAGUGUUCUUAAAGAUGUGACUUCUGUUAUUGCAACUGAAAAGCAAGUCUCUCACUUUUCACUUGGUUACUCUGGCUAUUUUGAUAUGUUGGCUUUGUUCAGAGGAGUGCCAUGCAUAAUUGAGUGGAAGACAUCAGAGAGGCCAAAACCUACACUUCAAGACUGUUAUGAAUACCCUCUUCAAGUUGUUGCUUAUGCUGGCGCAGUUAACUCCAGCCCAUACGUCAGUGUACCAGUCACCCAUUGUGCUGUUGUUAUUGCUUAUCAUGAUGGCAGCCCUGCCCAUGUGCAUGCACUAAAUUUAGAGUUGUGUGAGAAAUACUGGCAAAAAUGGCUUGUGAAACUGUUUAAUUACAGGCAAACUAAUACCAUUCUACAAUAGAUGUUAGAAGGUAGUGGUGGAUAUCAUAAAAUCUCACACCUAUCAAUGGAUAGCUGAUUUUAACCUUCACCAAAGGUAAUAAACUCAUAAACUUUAAUUGAUAUCUCUUGAUAUGGUUAACUAAGAAAUAAAAUCUGCUGCCAUGCUA